AUGUCAGGCAUCUUCAACCUCUCAAAGUACCUUCCCCGCGCCUCUCCUCAUCAUGUCCAGCCUUGCGAUAGCGAGAAAUGCGCCGAAGACUUUGGUCUCGACGUAAUGCUCGUUUACCCAGAGUCGAAAGAGUCGGCUGAAGACUGGCCAGCAAAGUUCCGAGCUAUCACGAAGUCAAAUGUGUAUAGCUUUCGUAUGCGGCCAAAGGCAUUGUACCCAGAGAAGGACUCCCAAAGCUCUUCAGAAGAGGGCGCAGAUCUGCCGACUGAUCCAAAACCAGAAGGCGCUUACGACAGGUCAUCGACAAGACCGGUUGUAUUUGUUGCUGAGACACCCGAAGCUCGAACUGCGUAUGAGGAAGUGCGCCAGCCUGAACCGAUCGUACUCGACCACAUGAGAAGACGAAUACCUUUUGCUGGACGUGUCUAUGGUGUGAUCGAGCUGCGACGUCAAUCCAAUGUCAAACUCACAUGCAUGCUCGCCUGGGGGCAAUGGAGCUUGCACAACAUCGUGAAGAACUACUACGGCUGCCGACGUUCGACCGACAAGUGUCAGUCUGCGAGACAACCGAGAAUCGUGACCAAUCCGUCAACCGGCUUCGUUAUCUUCGUCACGGUCAUGUCCAUGUUGGACUACUGGAUGCAGUACGACAUGAAUCGAGGGGACUAUUACCAGCGACUAUGUCUGGUUACUGGAAUCACGAUGGGCUUCUUGUUGAGUCAGCCUGGUCCGUCCAUGGAAUCGUUGCCUACGUUGAUGGCUGCGAUGAACUUGGCGAUGACUUGCAGCGCUUUUGGGCACUUGAUCUGGCGGAAAUAUUUCAGCACGUGUGAGAGGAGGCUGGAGCAGAAGCUAGAUGAGUGGAAAGAGGAGGCUCGCUGUACCCAAAUUUACUCGCGGAAAGACUCCAAGCUCGAAUGCGAAGCCCAGAAGCCCCACGUUGUCAAGUUCCACGAGCUGGACUAG